AUGAUAUUCGACAUUUGGUUUCCUGCUCGAUGGUCCGUGACCUACAAGAAGUACACCUCGGGCGGCGUCCAAGAAUACAAAUCCAUUGGCCUCACAUCAAGCCUUAGCCUCCUCUGCGUCUCGAAGUACUUCUACGCCGAAGCCAAUUUGAAGCUGCAAAGAACCUAUGCUAAGACACUCACGAUCAGCGGCCGAGCGCAAAUUCAAUUCACGCGAAUGACCGAGACUUACAGCAUGCAAUGGUUUCUGGACCAAGUACACUACCUCAGUCUUACAGUUCAAGCAGGUAGCAUCCCUAUGAUAUGCUAUGAGAAAUUCUCCAACAUCAAGAAAAUUGAGUUCACGUUCCCAACCAGCUGUUACGUCGGUGUUAGAAUCACGACAAAACAGGUAAAGGAUGGCGAUAUCAACGACGCACUAAUCUCAUUGGCCGAAAUCUACCCAGAUCGUUUCCUCAAGGCAAGAUCACCCAUUAACCUCAACCUCGUUCCAGAGCAGCUGGAGAUCAUCGCCAUCUUCCCGUGCCGAGUCGAGGACGGUGUGCCUGUCGAAGUCCAUAUCAGCAUGCGUUCAAAACCUGUUCAUGUUGUGAGGAUUGUCUGA